CAUCGCCGCCUCUAUCAUCCUCUCUCUGUCUUUCCUUUCCUUUCCUCGCCUCCUCUAAGAUAUUUCUCUUUCUUUCUCUCUCUCAAUUGUUCCAUAAGAUGCUUCAAAUCCUCACACUACAUAUACUUUCAUACAUAUAAAAACGAUCGAUUUCAAAUUUUUUUGCCGCUGCAUCUCAAUUUUCUCUCACCAAUUCCCAUAGAUUUCUCGCUCUGAUCGUCUUCAAAACCCUAGAUCCCCAAUCCCUUGUCACGAUUUCCGUUCUUCAGAUCUCAGCGCUCUUGUUCAUCGUUCGAUCUCUGUCAAACCUUUUCGGUAUCCUUCUUUGUUCUUCGUGGGAAUCUCUGAUCGUCCAUAGACUUCAAGAUUUGAUAGAGAUCGUCGUUGUCGAAAUACGCAAACCCAUAAAACAUAAGUUCUGAUCUGUCCCGAGCUCUAUUGUUUAUCAUCCAAAAACAGUAAUUAAUUCAUAAAAUCGAAUUUCGUAAAAGGCGGUGAAGAGAGAGCUCGCAAGUAGAUAACAACCCAUCGAUUGAUUGAGGUCUUCAUAUAACCCAGAAAGAUCUUUGUUGGGAAUCGUUUUUUGUGUGUGUGUGUGUGUGGGGAAAAGGGUAUUAGGUAUUAUAAAUCGGAGUUUGUGUGAGAGGAGAAGAGUUUGGGGACAUGGCGGAUCAAGUGUUGGAAGGGAGCCAACCCGUGGAUCUCUCCAAGCACCCGUCUGGCAUCGUUCCUACUCUUCAGAAUAUUGUGUCAACAGUGAACCUCGAUUGCAAGUUAGAUCUCAAAGCCAUUGCUUUGCAAGCUCGUAAUGCCGAAUACAAUCCCAAGCGUUUUGCUGCUGUUAUUAUGAGGAUAAGGGAUCCAAAGACGACAGCUUUGAUUUUUGCCUCUGGGAAGAUGGUUUGCACUGGUGCAAAGAGCGAACAACUUUCAAAACUGGCAGCAAGAAAG